AUGAAUCCCUCAACCUUCUUGUCAGUCCAUACCCUCAACCUCUUGAGCAUCCGAUACGCCUCCACAGCUCUCCCUGGCACGCUCAUCAGCUUCAUCAACCCAAUUCUAUUCCCUGAUAUCAACCCUACUUCACAACCUUUCAGACCACACACUCAACUCUUACCCCACCCCCACCCACAUCCCUACUCAGAACACACCUCAAACCUAACACCACCCCUUACCCCACACUUCAACCCCACCAAACCUUGUCUCAACCCUAAACCAAACCCCACUCCACACCCCUACCCCAACCCCACCCCACACCUCGCCCGACCCCCACUCCACACCACCCCCCCUACUCCUCCCACGCCCACCCCACACCUCGACCCCGACCACCUCCCCCGGGAGCCCCAGCGCCAGCCCGACACGUCACCAUGA